AUGGUCGGCGGCUUGUGUGCUCGCAGGUUGGCCCGCCGGUCGCGGUCCGCCCUGAUAGCAGCCCUGACGGUGCUGCUGGUGCAGACGCUGAUUGUGUGGAACUUCAGCAGCCUCGACUCCGGCGAAGACAGGGAAAACGCAGGCUCCAGCCUGCGGGGGAAGAGGGACCGGGGCGCAGGCAACAAAGCCGCUGGCAGCGACUACUUCCAGCACGGGGUCCGGCAGCGGCAGCAUCCUCCUCCGCCGGGGAAGGGGACGUCUCGCCACAUACAGCAGCCGGAUGGAUAUUACUCCCACCGUCCGAAGGAGAAAAGUCGAGUGGACAGCAACAACGAGAACUCUGUGCCCAAAGACUUUGAGAACAUAGACAAUAGUAACUUUGGCGCACGCUCGCAGCCACACCGGCAGUCUGUAGGGGCUACCAGCAGCAAGCAGCAGCGGGAGCGUCUGCAGGAGAAAGCCCACGCCCAGCAGCAGGCCUGGCGGGACAACUCCCCGAGUCUGGGCCGCAGCUCUAACGAAGUGCUGCCCGUAGGCCACCAGUCACUGGCGGUCGGCAACAAUGCCUCCUACCUGGGUGGCCAGGGCGCCGCGGCAGCGUCGCGGCAACACUACCGUGCCUCACAGGCCCAGCAGGCCCAGUCGCAGCACAGGCAUCAGCACCCCCACAGGAGGCAGGCGACCGCGGCGCCGAUGGAAGUGACCUACGACCAGCCACCCAAGUGCGAGAUCAGCGGGAAGGAAGCCAUUUCAGCUCUAUCCAGAGCCAAGAGCAAGGAGUGCCGGAAACAGAUCGCUGAGGUGUACUGCAGACACAAGGAAGGGCAGUUAAUGCCAGAGAAGGUCACUCGCUACUGCCCCCUUGAGGGUAAAGCUAACACUAAUGUCCAGUGGGAUGAGGACUCUGCUGAGAGCUUCCCGUCAAAACCAGUCAGAAUAGCGUUUGUCCUGGUGGUCCAUGGACGAGCCUCUCGCCAGUUUCAGCGCCUCUUCAAAGCCAUCUACCACACCUCGCACUACUACUACAUACACGUCGAUCAGCGCUCUAACUACCUGCACAGGCAGGUGCUUGGCUUGGCUGUGCAGUAUCCAAAUGUGAGGGUGACGCCCUGGCGCAUGGCCACCAUCUGGGGUGGUGCCAGUCUGCUGACCAUGUAUCUUCGCAGCAUGGCUGACCUGCUGGCCAUGAGGGACUGGAGCUGGGAUUUCUUCAUCAACCUCAGUGCUGCCGACUACCCCAUCAGGACCAAUAACCAGCUGGUGGCCUUCCUGUCCAAAUACAGAGACAUGAACUUCAUCAAGUCCCACGGCCGGGACAACGCCAGGUUUAUCCGUAAGCAGGGACUGGAUCGUCUGUUCUACGAGUGCGACACCCACAUGUGGAGGCUGGGUGACCGUAAAAUCCCGGAGGGCAUCUCGGUGGACGGCGGGUCCGACUGGUUCCUUCUCAACCGCAUGUUCGUGGAAUAUGUCAUCAACUCCAAGGACGACUUGGUCACCAACAUGAAGCGCUUCUACGCCUACACUCUGCUGCCUGCCGAGUCGUUCUUCCACACGGUGCUGGAGAACAGCGCCCACUGCGAGAGCAUGGUGGAUAACAACCUGCGCAUCACCAACUGGAACCGUAAACUGGGCUGCAAGUGCCAGUACAAGCACAUCGUGGAUUGGUGCGGGUGCUCCCCUAAUGACUUCAAGCCUGCAGACUUCCACCGCUUCCAGCAAACGGUGCGGCCCACCUUCUUUGCCAGGAAGUUUGAAGCCAGUGUGAACCAGGAGAUAGUGAACCAGCUGGACAGCUACCUGUUUGGACCGUUUCCCCAGGGAACGCCGGGCCUGAACUCGUACUGGGAGAGCGUGUACGACGAGCCAGACGGCGUGGCCAGUCUGUCGGACACGCAGCUCACGUACUACCACUCCUUCUCACGGCUGGGCCUGGCCAGAGCUGCCGCCUCGCUGCAGGGAAACCCGAAGGAUCACAGCUGCAGGUACUUCCCCAUGGGCCACCCGGUGUCAGUGCAUCUCUACUUCCAGUCAGACCAGUUCCAGGGCUACCUGGUCAAGCACCACGCCACCAACCUGGCAACCAGCAAGCUGGAGACCAUGGAGACCUGGGUGGCUCCCAAGAAGAAUUUCAAGCUGACCACGCCGCCCAGCAGCACGUUCAGCAGAUUGCAGUACGCAGAGAUCGGCACAGAGUGGGACGCCAAAGAACGCAUGUUCCGAAACUUCGGCGGCCUGAUGGGCCCCAUGGACGAGACGGUGGGCAUGCAGAAGUGGAGUAAGGGUCCAAACGUCACCGUCACAGUCGUGUGGAUCGACCCCACCAACGUCAUCGCCGCCACCUACGACAUUCUCAUCAACGCCAGCGCCGAGUUCACCCACUACCGCCCGCCGCUCAACCAGCCUCUGCGGCCAGGCGUGUGGAGCGUUCGUAUCCUGCACCACUGGAGCCCCGUGGCUGAGAUGCGCUUCCUCAUUGCCCCGCUGGUCUACAGCAAGCACCAGCCCAUACGACAAGAGGAUACCCUGAAGCUCCACAACGGGCCAGCGAAGAACAGCUACAUGGAGCAGAGUUUCCACGGCCUCAACCCAGUGCUCAACAUCCCCGUCAGCCUGGGCUACGUGGAGCAGGCCAAGAGGAACGCCGCCCUGACCGGCCCGGAGCUCGAGCGCUGGGCAGACGGCCUGGUGGGCGAGCUGUGGGAGGCAGCCGACGUCUGCGCCGUGGGCCCUACCGCCUGCCCCGUCAUGCAGGCCUGCCCCAAAAACCGCUGGAGCUCCCUUAGCCCGGACCCCAAAUCCCAAAUGGGAGCGCCGCGCGCCGACGGCCGCAUCAGGUAGCAGCGAG